GUGGCCCGGAGCCCCAGAGACCGGAAGUUCAUUUCCCCAGGAGCUUCCGGGAGCCGCGGCCCAGUGUCGCUGACGUGGAAGCGUCCGAAGGGCAGCGGGGAGUGGCGGGGCUGCGAUUAGGACGUCGGAUUCCGAGGCCUGAAGGAUGCUAACCAAAUUUGAGACCAAGAGCGCGCGAGUCAAAGGGCUCAGCUUUCACCCCAAAAGACCCUGGAUUCUGACUAGUUUACACAAUGGUGUCAUCCAGUUAUGGGACUAUCGGAUGUGCACUCUCAUUGACAAGUUUGACGAACAUGAUGGUCCAGUGCGAGGCAUUGACUUCCAUAAGCAGCAGCCACUGUUUGUUUCUGGAGGAGAUGACUAUAAGAUUAAGGUACAGCUUUUGUCUGGAAAUAUCUUUCAGGAGUAUCCUUGGAUUCUGAGUGCCUCAGAUGAUCAGACCAUCCGAGUAUGGAACUGGCAGUCUAGAACCUGUGUCUGUGUGUUAACAGGGCACAACCAUUAUGUAAUGUGUGCUCAGUUUCACCCCUCAGAAGACUUGGUUGUAUCAGCCAGCCUGGAUCAGACUGUGCGCGUUUGGGAUAUUUCUGGCCUAAGGAAAAAAAACUUGUCUCCUGGUGCGGUGGAGUCCGAUGUGAGAGGAAUAACCGGGGUUGAUCUAUUUGGAACUACUGAUGCAGUAGUGAAGCACGUACUAGAGGGUCAUGAUCGUGGAGUUAACUGGGCUGCCUUCCACCCCACAAUGCCCCUUAUUGUAUCUGGGGCAGAUGACCGUCAAGUGAAGAUCUGGCGCAUGAAUGAAUCAAAGGCAUGGGAGGUUGAUACCUGCAGGGGCCAUUACAACAAUGUAUCCUGUGCUGUCUUCCAUCCUCGCCAGGAGUUGAUCCUCAGCAAUUCUGAAGACAAGAGUAUCCGAGUCUGGGAUAUGUCUAAGCGAACUGGGGUUCAGACCUUCCGUAGGGAUCAUGAUCGUUUCUGGGUCCUGGCUGCUCACCCUAACCUUAACCUCUUCGCAGCAGGCCAUGAUGGUGGCAUGAUUGUGUUUAAGCUGGAGCGAGAGCGGCCAGCCUAUGCUGUCCACGGCAACAUGCUGCAUUACGUCAAGGACCGAUUCCUACGUCAGCUGGAUUUCAACAGCUCCAAAGAUGUGGCUGUGAUGCAGUUGCGGAGUGGUUCCAAGUUUCCAGUAUUCAAUAUGUCAUACAAUCCAGCAGAAAAUGCAGUCCUACUGUGUACGAGAGCCAGCAAUUUAGAAAAUAGUACUUAUGACCUGUACACCAUCCCCAAGGAUGCUGACUCCCAGAACCCUGAUGCCCCUGAAGGGAAACGAUCCUCAGGCCUGACAGCCGUUUGGGUUGCUCGAAAUCGGUUUGCUGUCCUAGAUCGGAUGCAUUCGGUGAGUAAAGACUAUAAACAGAAACUAGGCCUGGUAUGGUGGCUCAUGCCUGUACCUGAGAUAAGGGAGUCAGAUCCAUUCAUGAUUUCUCGCUCUCUCAGGACUCUGGCAUCUGUAAAGAUUUCGAAGGUGAAAUAUGUUAUCUGGUCAGCAGACAUGUCACAUGUAGCACUGCUAGCCAAACAUGCCAUUGUGAUCUGUAACCGCAAACUGGAUGCUCUAUGUAACAUUCAUGAGAACAUUCGUGUCAAGAGUGGGGCCUGGGAUGAGAGUGGGGUAUUUAUCUAUACCACAAGCAACCACAUCAAAUACGCUGUCACCACUGGGGAUCAUGGGAUCAUUCGAACUCUGGAUUUGCCCAUCUAUGUUACACGAGUGAAAGGCAACAAUGUAUAUUGCCUAGACCGGGAGUGUCGUCCUCGGGUACUCACCAUUGAUCCCACUGAGUUCAAAUUCAAGCUGGCCCUGAUCAACAGAAAAUAUGAUGAGGUACUGCACAUGGUGAGGAAUGCCAAAUUAGUAGGCCAGUCUAUUAUUGCUUAUCUCCAGAAGAAAGGCUAUCCAGAAGUGGCACUGCAUUUUGUCAAGGAUGAGAAAACUCGCUUUAGUCUGGCACUGGAGUGUGGAAACAUUGAGAUUGCUCUGGAAGCAGCCAAAGCACUGGAUGAUAAGAACUGCUGGGAAAAGCUGGGUGAAGUGGCCUUGCUACAGGGGAACCACCAGAUUGUGGAAAUGUGCUAUCAGCGUACCAAAAAUUUUGACAAGCUUUCUUUCCUGUACCUUAUCACUGGCAACCUAGAGAAACUUCGCAAGAUGAUGAAGAUUGCUGAGAUCCGAAAGGACAUGAGUGGCCAUUAUCAGAAUGCCCUGUACCUGGGUGAUGUGUCAGAGCGUGUGCGGAUCCUAAAGAACUGUGGGCAGAAGUCCUUGGCCUACCUCACAGCUGCUACCCAUGGCUUAGAUGAAGAAGCUGAAAGCUUGAAGGAGUCAUUUGACCCAGAGAAGGAGACAAUCCCAGACAUUGACCCUAAUGCCAAGCUGCUCCAGCCACCUGCACCUAUCAUGCCAUUAGAUACCAACUGGCCUUUAUUGACUGUGUCUAAAGGAUUCUUUGAAGGCUCCAUUGCUAGCAAGGGGAAGGGAGGAGCACUGGCUGCUGACAUUGACAUUGACACUGUUGGUACUGAGGGCUGGGGAGAGGAUGCAGAGCUGCAGCUGGAUGAAGAUGGGUUUGUGGAGGCUACAGAAGGUUUAGGGGAUGAUGCUCUCGGCAAAGGACAGGAGGAAGGAGGUGGCUGGGAUGUAGAAGAAGAUCUGGAGCUCCCUCCUGAGCUGGACAUACCCUCUGGAGCAGCUGGUGGGGCUGAGGAUGGGUUCUUUGUGCCCCCAACCAAGGGAACAAGCCCCACUCAGAUCUGGUGCAAUAACUCUCAGCUUCCAGUUGAUCACAUCCUGGCAGGCUCUUUUGAAACAGCCAUGCGGCUCCUUCAUGAUCAGGUAGGGGUAAUCCAGUUUGGCCCCUAUAAGCAGCUGUUCCUACAGACAUAUGCCCGAGGCCGCACCACCUAUCAGGCUCUGCCCUGCCUGCCCUCCAUGUAUGGCUACCCUAAUCGUAAUUGGAAGGAUGCAGGGCUGAAGAAUGGUGUACCAGCUGUGGGCUUAAAGUUCAAUGACUUGAUCCAACGGUUGCAAUUAUGCUACCAGCUCACCACAGUUGGCAAGUUUGAGGAGGCAGUGGAAAAAUUCCGUUCUAUCCUGCUCAGUGUGCCACUUCUUGUUGUAGAUAAUAAACAGGAGAUUGCAGAGGCCCAGCAGCUCAUUACUAUUUGCCGUGAAUACAUUGUGGGUUUGUCGAUGGAGAUAGAAAGGAAGAAACUGCCCAAAGAGACUCUAGAACAGCAGAAGCGCAUCUGUGAGAUGGCAGCCUACUUCACCCACUCCAACUUGCAGUCAGUACACAUGAUCCUGGUGCUGCGCACAGCCCUCAACCUCUUCUUCAAACUCAAGAACUUCAAGACAGCUGCCACCUUUGCUCAGCGCCUGCUGGAACUUGGGCCCAAGCCUGAAGUGGGUCAACAGACCCGAAAAAUCCUGUCUGCCUGUGAGAAGAACCCCACAGAUGCUUACCAGCUCAAUUAUGACAUGCACAACCCUUUUGAUAUCUGCGCUGCAUCUUACCGACCCAUCUAUCGUGGGAAGCCAGUAGAGAAGUGUCCACUCAGUGGGGCCUGUUACUCCCCUGAGUUCAAGGGUCAAGUCUGUAGGGUCACUACAGUCACAGAGAUUGGCAAAGAUGUGAUUGGUUUAAGGAUCAGUCCUCUGCAGUUUCGCUAAGCCCCCUUUGUAUGUGUAUGUCAGCCACCAUGUUUUGCUCAGAACAUGUUCGUCUUUAUGUCCUCCUUCUAAUGCCACUGCCCACCCCUCAUGCCCCAACCCAGUCCUCACAGGUACAUGUCAAAUUAUUGAUAUUUGAUUCUUUCUGCCCUCAAAUCUAGUGUCCUUUUCUCUUCCUCUGUGGCAAAUCAAAGUGUCCAGAAUUUCUUGAGGACAUCUCAUCUUCUCAAGUUGACUAUAGUUAAUGGUCAUAGUUGGCCUCUCCUUUCCACCUUAGCUCUUUCAAGGAACAAAUGAAAACUCU